AUGACUAACGAAAUUACAAGAAAGGAGAAUACUGCCAUUGAGGAGCAAAUUGAGAUUCCGGAUUACGGUGAGAAACGAAGACAAGCUCUCGCAGAGAUCGACAAUGCCAAGUUCGGCUGGUUCCACAUUCGAACCUGUGUCGUAGCCGGAGUGGGGUUCUUCACCGAUGCCUAUGACUUGUUUGCGAUUAACAUCGUAUCCACCAUGUUGGGCUUUGUCUACUUCAACGCCGAAAAACUGAAAUUAACCAAUCCUCCGGCGAACAUCGAUUUGGGUAUAAAAGUGAGUGCUCCGAUUGGAACGCUCAUCGGUCAAUUCGCCUUCGGUGUGAUCGCCGAUCUUUUGGGUCGUAAGAGGGUUUAUGGUAUCGAAUUGAUGAUCAUCAUUGUUACUACGAUCGGGGCAUCAUUGAGCGCUUCAGGUCCGGCGGUCACCAUUCAAGGUGUUAUUAUCUUCUGGAGAGUUAUCAUGGGUAUUGGUGUUGGUGGAGAUUACCCCUUGUCUGCAAUUAUUACGAGUGAAUUCGCAACCACCACUAGAAGAGGUGCUAUGAUGGCCGCUGUAUUUGCCAUGCAAGGCUUUGGCAUCUUGAGUGCCGCUCUGGUUUCGGUAAUUGUUUUGGCUGCGCUCAAGGAACCCAUCGAAAAAGACACUCAAAACAUUGAUUACGCAUGGAGAAUUGUCACAGGUGUGGGUGCGAUUCCCGGAUUCGUUGCUCUCUACUUCCGUAUGACGAUUCCGGAAACUCCUCGUUUCACCAUGGAUAUUGAACGCAACGUCGAUCAAGCUGUUCAAGAUAUCAACAGUGUGUUGCAAACUGGUUCCUACAAAGAUC